AUGGCUGUCAAGGUUGGCAUCAACGGUUUCGGCCGUAUCGGCCGCAUCGUUUUCCGCAACGCCGUCGAGCACUCCGAGAUUGACAUUGUUGCCGUCAACGACCCCUUCAUCGACACCGAGUACGCUGCCUACAUGCUCAAGUAUGACUCGUCCCACGGAGUCUUCAAGGGCGAGAUCAAGCACGAUGCCGACGGCUUGACCAUCAACGGCAAGAAGGUCAAGUUCUACACUGAGCGUGACCCCUCGGCCAUCCCCUGGAAGGAGACUGGUGCCGAGUACAUUGUCGAGUCCACCGGUGUCUUCACCACCACCGACAAGGCCAAGGCCCACCUUGCCGGUGGUGCCAAAAAGGUCAUCAUCUCGGCCCCUUCGGCUGACGCGCCCAUGUACGUCAUGGGUGUCAACGAGAAGACGUACGACGGCAAGGCCGAUGUCAUCUCCAACGCCUCGUGCACAACCAACUGCCUGGCUCCCCUGGCCAAGGUGAUCAACGACAAGUUCACCAUUGUCGAGGGUCUCAUGACCACUGUCCACUCCUACACUGCCACCCAGAAGACGGUCGACGGCCCCUCUGCCAAGGACUGGCGAGGUGGCCGAGGCGCUGCCCAGAACAUCAUCCCCAGCAGUACCGGUGCCGCCAAGGCUGUUGGCAAGGUCAUCCCCGCCCUCAACGGCAAGCUCACCGGCAUGUCCAUGCGUGUCCCCACGGCCAACGUCUCCGUUGUCGAUUUGACUGCCCGCAUCGAGAAGGGUGCUAGCUACGACGAGAUCAAGGAGGUCAUCAAGGAGGCGGCCAACGGUGAGCUCAAGGGCAUCCUCGCCUACACCGAGGACGACGUCGUCUCGAGCGAUUUGAACGGCAACACCCACUCCUCCAUUUUCGACGCCAAGGCCGGUAUUUCCCUCAACAAGAACUUUGUCAAGCUGAUUUCCUGGUACGACAACGAGUGGGGUUACUCUCGCCGUGUGCUCGACCUGAUUGCCUACGUUUCCAAGGUUGAUGCGGGCAAGUAA